GCCUGAAGCACGGCGGAAGAAGGCCACAGGGAAAUCGCUCGGUAGAACAAUGAAGCCUGUUUCAUGCCUCCUUUUAGCAACGCUUCUGAGAGCGUCCGUUUCACAAGAACCGGAGGGAACCGAGUUUUACACGACAAACGAAUGCACAGAUGGCUACGACUGGGAUCCUGACAGCCAGCACUGCAAAGAUGUGAAUGAAUGUGAGACCAUCCCCCACGCCUGCAAAGGGGAGAUGAAAUGCAUCAACCAUUACGGCGGGUACCUCUGCCUCCCCCGCUCAGCCUCGGUGAUCAACGACGUGAACUCUGACCGAGCCCCCCCGCCCAGCCCUCCUCGGCCAAGGCCCCCCCAGCCCCCCCAACAUGACUUCCGACAGAACACCUGCCCCCAGGGCUACGAACCAGACAGGCAUGGAUCGUGUUUGGACACGGACGAGUGUGAAUACGAUCUGCACGACUGUCAGCCAAGUCAGGAGUGCAUCAACACCAUGGGAGGCUUCCAUUGCCAGUGCCCGGAUGGCUACCGGAAGAUCGGCACGGAAUGUGUGGAUAUCGACGAAUGCCGUUAUCGGUACUGCCAACACCGCUGUGUCAACUCGCCCGGGUCGUUUUCCUGCCAGUGUGAACCCGGCUUCCAGCUGGCCAGCAACAACCGCUCGUGUGUAGACGUAAACGAGUGUGAGAUGGGAGCCCCGUGCGAACAACGCUGCUUCAACACGUACGGCACGUUCAUUUGCCGCUGCAAUCAGGGCUACGAGCUGGACCACGACGGCUUUACCUGUAAAGAUGUGGAUGAGUGUAGCUACUCCACCUAUUUGUGCCAGUUCCAGUGUGUGAAUGAGCCAGGACACUUCUCUUGCGCCUGCCCUCAAGGAUACCAGCAACUGAGCACCCGUCUCUGCCAAGACAUCAACGAAUGUGAGACAGGAGCCCACCAGUGCACCGAAUCCCAGAAUUGUGUCAACUUUCACGGCGGUUACCGUUGUGUUGAGAAAAACCGCUGCCAGGAACCCUACAUACAGGUCUCAGAAAACCGCUGUCUCUGCCCUUCCACGAACCCACUCUGCAACGAAAAGCCCUCGUCCGUCACCCACCGGUACAUGAGCAUCACGGCUGACCGAACGGUGCCCUCCGACAUCUUCCAAAUCCAGGCCACCAGCAUCUACCCGGGAGCCUACAACACUUUCCAGAUCCGCUCAGGCAAUGAACAAGGAGAGUUCUACAUCCGACAAAUCAAUAACAUCAGUGCAAUGUUAGUUCUGGCCCGGCCGGUGACCGGGCCCCGGGAGUUCGUCCUGGACUUAGAGAUGGUCACCAUGAACACCGUGAUGAGCUACCGCUCCAGCUCCGUCCUGCGUCUCACCGUCUUCGUAGGCGCCCAUCCGUUCUAGCCGUCCAGCGGCUCUGCCCUUACCUGGCCGAGGAGGGAAGGGGAAAACAUCCGGGGAGGGGGAAUCACGCGCUGAGGCGUCACGGCCCCAACUACCAAGGCAGCAAUGCCGCAGGUCUCUCCCACCCGCCCACGAACCAGAAGCACUGCUUGGAUGAAGCUUCUAGCGGCCAGAGCUGCGGCUUAAUGAAGUGCACCCGUCCCCACACAAUGACAGCCACCCCCCUCCAACGCUGCCCUUUGAGCCGCAGCACUGCCCAGUGAUGAAACCCUGUCUCCUGCUCCCAAGUAGAGGGAAGCAAGGAAGAGAAGAAGCCAGCCCUGCAUCUCCAAAAACGGAGGGGACUUUUGAACCUUGCUCAAAAGAGGGAGACCGACAAAAAUUAGUA